CAAGGAGGAGGAGAGGAGGAGGAGGCGGCGCGCUUGCAGGCUGGGGAAAGACUCAGGCGGCGCGCAGCGGCGGAGCAGCAGACCGGGCCGUGGCGCCUGCCCGACCGUGGCACAGCUGUGCAGCAGACCCGCCUGGGCGAGACAGCAGGGCGUUUCCGUGGCUCCGCCCACCCUCGCUGCAACCUCACGCCCCUCGUAGCAGCCAAUGGCUGGGCUGCCCUGCUCCUCGCGCUCCCCCGCCUGGUCUCUUAUUAGGGUCAGUGCUGCAAGGCGGGAUUGAGGCGCCGCUGUUGUUAACGGGGCUCCCGAAGAGAGCUGCCAGCAAAAACCAAACACGGCGCUGGCCACCCCUUCCUUGACAGUGGUUUGAGCUCCAGCAAUUACUGAGUGAAACUUUCUAGGUGAUGAUGGAGCAGCUAGACCCUGUUUGGUAAAGAGGACCCCUUGCUAAUUGCUGCAGACCAGGUGCUGUUAAAGGAGAAGUUGCAACGCCAGGUUUGGAUCUUGGCAACGCUAUUCCGGAAUAAACGUGGAGGAGUCCUGGAUUCCAAAACCAGAUUCUUAAGAGCCAGCCUUAGUUAGCUGGUUUGCUUUUGUAAGGGACACCCCUUGGCACAACGGAAGGAAGGAAUAGUGGAAUUCUUAAGAUCCAAUACUCAGUGUUCAGGUGUGUUGCUCACCUGUUGGCAUUUGGAAGAGACUGAUAAGGACACCUGCAUUGGUCAUAUCCAGAAAGAUCGUGGUUUCCUAAAUCAGGCUCUUCAAAACAUCCUGAUUUAAAGCAGGGCUAUUCUUAUGAUGUCCAGUGCUAUGUCCACCUGGAUUAUAAGCUCAGCAAGAAGCACAGUCUUCACUUUGCAUGGAAAAGGACGUUUGUACUCCAGGUGCGUUUCAAGCCAGAACAAAGCAAUAUGGAGGAGCUUGCUUGCCAGAGGUCCUUUUUCUUCUCUCCUGGCAAGUUGCAGUUGCACCAUGGACAGCAUUUUCUCAGUGAGGAAAGUGUUGCGCCAUACCUCAACAGAAGAAGACGACUUCUCUUUCCAUCUGACACCGUCGCAAAUCAAUGACAUCUUAAGGGCAAGUGAGUUGUCCCAUACAGUACCUGAAUUUGAUGGAAAAAACCCUAGCUCUGUGUUGAAAUUCGAGAGUAACCACUUGGCUGCCAAUGCCCCAAGUGAGGACCGCAGAAGCGCAGCUGCAUGCUUGAAGACCAGAGGGAUGAUGUUUGGGGUCUUUGAUGGCCAUGCGGGUUUUGCCUGUGCCCAGUCGGUCAGCGAGAGGCUGUUUUUUUACAUAGCUGUUUCUCUUCUCUCUCAACAAACGCUGGAAGACAUUGAGUUUGCCAUGGAGUCCAUGAAACCCGUCCUGCCUCUCCUGCAGUGGUACAAACACCCAAACGACAGCUUCUUCCAAGAGGUUGCCUCGUUGUAUCUGGAAAAGCUCAGAGUUUAUUGGCAGGACUUGCUGAACCUGGACAUGGAAUCGGCCCUUUCUGUAGAAGAAGCCUUGAUCUAUGCGUUUAAGAGGCUGGAUUCGGACAUAUCGCUGGAGGUUCAAGCUCCCUCCGAAAACGAACUGAUCAGAAACAUCGCUCUUCAGGUGGCUUUUUCGGGUGCGACAGCAUGUGUGGCUCAUGUUGACAGUGUCCACUUACAUGUUGCAAAUGCUGGUGACUGCAGAGCGAUUGUAGGGGUUCAAAACGAAGAUGGGACGUGGUCUGCGCUCCCCCUCACUCGAGACCACAAUGCCUUCAACAAAAUGGAAAUCUCGAGGUUAAAAAGGGAGCACCCAACAUCCGAAGAGGACAGCCUCAUUGUGAACAACAGGCUGCUGGGGGUCCUCAUGCCCUCCAGAGCAUUUGGAGACGUCCGAUUCAAGUGGAGCCGGGAGCUACAGUACAGCGUGCUUGGGAAUGGUUGCGACACGGAGGCUCUGAACAUUUACCAGUAUGUUCCUCCAAACUAUCACACGCCCCCAUAUCUAACUGCAGAGCCUGAAGUCACCUACCACAAAAUAAGGCGGCAGGACAGAUUUCUGGUUCUUGCUUCAGAUGGGCUCUGGGACAUGCUAAGCAAUGAGGAAGUGGUCAGACUAGUUGCAGAGCAUCAGCUGGAAGCCACCGUCCAAAAAACACAGCUUACUUUUAAGAAGCCAGCCAACCUGGGUUACAUGCAAAACCUGCUGCUUCAGAGGAAAGCCAGGCACGUCCACUCCUACGACCAUAACGUGGCUACCCACCUCAUCCGGCAUGCGAUCGGCAACAACGAAUACGGCGAGGUUGAUCCGGAGAAGCUUGUGGCAAUGUUGACUCUUCCUGACGACCUGGCCCGCAUGUAUAGGGAUGAUAUCACAGCUACUGUGGUGUAUUUUAAUUCAGAUACAAUUGAAGGUUACUACAGAGAGAAUGAGUAAGGAGCCUGUCUUGUUAACUAGACACAUUACUUCUGGGGAUCAGUUAGGGCCUUUUUGUUAGCUGUUGGCUAAAUUCCUAGAAAUGACAUUGUGCAGAAGACCCGCAAAUUCUGUCCUGUCUGCAGUAGCCUAAUUUUGACUUCUUUAAUCAAGAGUUAAUGUUAAUAUUAUUUAUAUUCCAGAACAAAGACAUCCUUUUUGGGGAGGGCACGUUUCUGCCAAAGGGUGUGUGAGAGGGGUUCUAAUUGUUUAAAGUUCUAGUGAAGGCAGGAUCCAAAUACAGGUGGCCCUUGAAAUGGGUAGGAAGUGCCUCUUUGUGAAUAAAGGCAGCUUGUGUGGUUGAAGAAACAGAGUAGCAGGAUGAUGGACAGGGCUUUUCAUUUAAAGCCCAGAUAUAAAAAUCAGCCUCCUUAUGCAGCCUGGUGGUCAUCUCGGUCAGCGUGCACUCCCAAAAUGCAUUGGGCUGGCUUUUGCAAUCAGAUGUGAGGUGGAGGAGCUCCCAACGACAAUUCCAAAGCCGUGUGCCCUCUCGAAAAUGGAUUGUGUGGGUCAUGGCCUCUAAAAGGGAUUCCCAGAUAUUGUUGACUACAACUCCCAGAAUCCGCAGCUGCAGUGGCUUUUGCUUUGGGAUUAUGGGAGUUCGAGUCAACAACAUCUGGGAAUCCCUCUUGGAGGGAACACUGGUGGCGGUAGUGUCAGAAGGCGGCCUGUAAAGUGAUCAUGUGCGAGGAGCAAUCCUAGUUAGGCAGUACAGACAACCACAUUGGUGAUCUAGGGUGGAGCAGGUCUGCUGCCCACCCAGGGUUGCUUCUUGUACACAAUCGCUUCCCAGUCCUUCACCUGACCCUUCCGUCACCCACACGGUCUGUUUUCAGGAGUGUGCACAGCUUCAGAAUCCUCCUUGGCAUCUGAUUGUGAGAACCAGCCUGUUGUUUAGGGGACAUCUGCCUUGUUUUGCUCUUGUGCAAGUUGCACUUGGUAGCUGCACAGGAGGCGCUUGUAUCGGGGAAGCCUCCAGAGGAUUGUUUCCCACAAAGUGCAACAUUCCAUUUGGGCUUGCUGACAAGGGAGUAUGCGAAAUCCUCUUGGUUAGCUCAUGUUCUUUUUCCUCUCAGGGAAGGCUGCUUCCUCUGAACAGCGCAGCCACUUAAAAGGAAAAGUUGGUUCAAUUUGGCUUUCUUACUUGGCUUUCUGUUGUUACUUGUUUAGAGCUUGAAAAGGAGCUUCCUUCUUGUCCUGACUGUGACACUGUUUAUGCACUGGACUAAUUGCUGCUUGGACACAUUCAUACUGUACUAUGGGGAUUCAAGGCUCCUGUUGAUUGCCUCUGCUGCCAUAGUACCAAGUGUACCUGUGCCUCAGAAUUUCUCAAGCCUAUGGAAAUUUGCCUUCCCCCUACUACCCUGAGCCUCAGAACUGAUGGCUUUUCUUAGCUGUGUUGCACACUUGUAAAGCAUCUGGCAAAAUGUCAUGAAUGCAGAUAAAAUAUCUGUCCCAAGAGAUGUAGCAUAUCUGAACCUAUACUGGUUCUGCUCAUUUUUUAGAAACACAAUUGCCAUGGACACUAUCCAUCUUUGCCUAGCUGGGAACAUUAAAAAUGUGAUGCUUUUGAACUGCUUAGGAAGUGAUGCAAGCCAAUCUUCCUUUUUAAUGGAUGGCUCAAGUUUUGCCUGUAGGCUAAAUAGAAAUGGAGUAGUUCAUACAGUGCUGGUUGUUUGUCUGGAUCUUGUUGAGGAAGGAUCCCUAAAAGUUAUUUUCUUAGGGCGGCUUCAUAUGGCUGUCAGCAAGUCCCCUGCCCAGGGAAAUGGCGGUCAGAUUUCAAGAACAGUGAGCCCGCAGUCCGGGGGUGGGCAUGUUGUGCGAAUGUGCCCAGGUCUAGUUCCUGAGCCUUCUGCCCGACAUUCCAUUGAUUUUCUCCACCAAACUUCAGAUCUUGUGGGGGCUCCAAAUGAACAGCGAAAGUUGGUAGAAUGUCGGGCAGAUGGCUUGGGAAGCAGACCUGAGUGGGUUCACACGACAUAGCACGCUUCCGAUUCCUUACAUUUGCCUUUUUGCUGCCAGUUGUGUGAAGCCACCCUUGGUGUUCUGUAAUAUUACAUGUCAUCAAUAGUUGGAAAUCCCAAAGCAGGGAAGAACCUAACCCUGUACUUCAGAUCAAGUGAGUAUCUGGCUCAGUUCAAAAAAACCCUCAAAGCCUUCGCUCACAACAUCAAGGCAAGAAUUGAGGCUUUUAAAUCUGCUACAGACAAAACAGAACAACCUUGUGAUGGACAAUGAAUGCUCAAGCAAGUGGAAUUUUUUUUGUCCUGUCAGUUUGGGGCAUGUUUGAAGGCCAUCUGAUAGUAUAGUUAGGAAUAAAGCUGAGGGAAUUAAAAUCUUAUGUGGCAUGGUCUGUGGAAAAAUGAAAAAAGAAGAAACAAACAGUAGGGCUGGGAAAGGUAUGAAGCUGCAACUACUGAUGAUGCAGAUAAGAGACCUGGUUUUGUCUUCCUCCAGUUCCAGAUAUGGUAUAGGUUGUGGUCUUGCAGACAUGUCUUUUCUGAAAGGGAAAGAAAAUGGUUAAGAGCCAGGCUAGCAUUGCAACAAGUACUGAGACCUCAAAGGUCUAUAGAAUUGCAACAUUACAUGUGUUGUUAGGAAUCAACUUUGGAAAACAUUUAAAUUGAAAGUUUGCCUUUCUGCCAGCACUUUAAACAAAACUUCUAUGCAUUGUUUUGUACAAAUGGACUCAUAAAAUAUUGCUAUUCUCUAUUGAUGACUUAUAGCUAGGUGCUCUUUUUUUAUUAGCAAUGUUCCCAAGUAUUGUGCUAGAUCAUAAUCAAGGAAACAAGCCUGCUUUUAACAGAUGCAGAUUAAUGAACUUCCAUGUACUUCAUAGCUGCUUUUUUCCUUGUGGUUUCAUUUGUUGUACAUAAUUGAGUGGGAUUUUUGUGUCAUGUUCAUAAUAAAUAGUAUGUGUCACUUAAAUCUAAGGCUUUUUCCUUUGUUGAUGAAUCUUAUGUUCUCCUGUACUGGUUAAUUUUGCUAAUUACUAUGUUGAAGGUUGUUUUAAUUUUUACUGUGAAAAUACACUUCUCGCAAGCAACUCUGUGCCAGAGUGUGGUAAUUAACAUUCUGCAGAAGCUGAGCCUCUCAAAGUGAGUCCUGAACAGUCAUGCAAAUGAUACCAUUCCACACAUUCCUCCUUUUCUGUAACUGCAGCAAUACUGUUAACAAGGAACGGUCAAGCAGAUGGAAUUUUCUGUGCUGUGUGUCAAAUUUUGGGAUGUGUUGGAAGGCUGAUGGCUUCAGGAAAACAAUUCUCCCCUUCUUAAUUGGGUAGUUUCAAUUGUAAGCCUUGUGUUCUAAAUAUCUGUUGCAGGGAUGGCCAACCUGAGGCUCUCCAGCUGUUGCUGGACUACAACUCCCAUCAUCCCCAGCUGCAGUUGUGGCUGGGGAUGAUGGGAGUUGUAGGCAACACCUGGAGACCCUCAGGUUGGCCUCUUGUUAUUGAUUGUAAUGCUAUAGCUGGGCUGAAAUGGUAAGAGCUUGCCUUCAGUACAAUAUAUCAUGCCUGCAUAUGUCAUUCUGGAGGCAAAAUCCCCAAGGACUAUACAGUUCAUUUCAGUAGAGUUUGUAACAAGAGAUUUGCAGUAUAUUGUGUUCUCUAGGUCCACUCAGUUGCUGGAAAUAAAUGGAAGUGGGUGGGACAGAGGUUCUCCUUUUGAACAGUACUAUAUAAUGCGGGGCAAACAAUUAUGUUUACUAUCGAGGAAAAUGUCUUUGCUUCUGUGUGACUGUAUUAUCAUUUUAAAAACCUUUUGCAUAUUUGUCAUGCUGGUUACAUUAUAGAAAAGUUUUAGGGGGGAACUAAUAGUAUUGUUGCUCUUGUUCUUUGUGUGUGUGUGUGAGAGAGAAUAUUAUUUAAAUGUCUAUACAGUAAUUUAAAACAUUAUUUUCUAGUCUUUGUGCUUUUCUAACUUCAUUGUAAAUAUGUAUUUGAGAAUUAAAGUAUAACACUGGGACACACAAAA